AUGAGGGACAUCGCCAAGUCCAUGUUGGAAGGCUUACAAGCCAACCGAGAGGGCAUCCGGGAACGCCCUAUUGUAUUUAUUGGACACAGUAUGGGCGGUUUGGUCAUAGCCAAGGCCAUCACUCUUGCAGCAGACACAUACCGUGAGUUGUUUCCAAGAAUGUUCGAAUGCAUCGCAGGAUGUGCCUUCUUUGGGACACCUUUUGGCGGUGCUCAAGUUGCCGCCAUAGCUUCCAUGCUUGGAGACUUUGGUGAACACCUUGGCUAUACGAAGUCUUCGGGUUUGGUCAAGAUGAUGACUCCAGGAGAUGAAAGCCUGAGUGAACUAAAGAAUGAUUUCCUGCGACUGGCUCUUAAACUGAGCCCGGUAGUCCAACUCUUCUGCUUUUACGAAAACCACCCGACCGAUUUCACCCAGGAGAAGUACGGAGCCACAAUGUCAAAAAUUGCAAAGGCAGUUAUUCCCAAGAAAGUGCAGGAAUUCGUACCUAGAGAGUCGGCAACGCUACCUGGAAUUGAGGAAAUGGCUCUCGCUGCCAACCACCGAGAUCUCGUUAAAUUCAGCGACUUCAAAGACUCUAGAUACCAACUAGUAAGAGAACCUUUGAAGAGGCUUAUUCACGGCGCAGGUCUCAUAGUCAAAAACCGCUUGAACUCGACCCGAGGUAUCGACCAAGAGACGGUAAACGGUGUGAUGGAGCUAUUGAAUGGCGGACAGGUGGCCAAAAAGAGGAGGAUGCUUGCACCUCAGUUCCCACCAUCUACUUGGAUUUCUAAGGAGACGGAGUAUCUCGACUGGUUGAAAGAGGAUCAUGAAUCAAAGGAUCUUGCUUCAACUCCCCGCGGACAAGCCAUCUUCAUUCGCGGACCCGAGGGACGAGGAAAAACGCGAGCAACUAUGGCGGCACUUCAAAACAUCGACAACAUGAUCCAGGUUGAUGAGAAACAGAGUCACGGGAGAGGACCAGUUCUUCUUGCAUACUUCUUCUGUGAUCCCUCUUCAGACUUUUCAACGGCUGAAGACCUGCUGAAGUCUUUGGUACGCCAACUCAUCGGCCAGCAGCCUGCCUUGGCCGUAUAUGCGAAGCAUUUCGUAAGAAAGAAGGGUGAAGAUACUUCAAAGACACAGGCGAACCUCACGGUGGAAAACUUAUGGCAAACACUUCAAGACAUGUUAAUGGAUGAGUUCAUCGGACGAAGAGUUUACUUCAUCAUUAACAACUUGCAUGUGCUGCCAGAAGAUGCAGAGUCAACCAUCAAACUGAUGCGAUUCCUUGGCGCGGAAAUGCUGGAACUUAAGAACGAGGACGAAAAGCGCGUAAUCACGAGAUGGUUUCUUACAAGCAGAGAGGUCCAGAAUGUCGAGGACGCUUUGAAGGUAGAGGAACUCCGGCUGAUCGACCUUGAGGAUGACGCAUACUGCGACCAAGUUCAAUUGGAGUUACGAAAAACCGCGCAAGAAAAAGUACAAGAGCUCGGAAACACAAAGAAGUAUAACAAGGCGCUCACUUAUUUCGCUAGCAGCCUCAUAGGCAAGCGUGCAUCAAACAGUCAGUGGAUCAAGCUCUCUUGUAUGCAACUUGCAGAGUUGCCCGAGGCUGAAAGUGACCUUAAAAUUCGUCACAUGCUGGAGGGGAUGCCUCAAGAGCUCAAAGCAUUACUGGACGCCGCCUGGCUGCAGAUUUUCCGGGCUAACGAGAAGGAUGCCGACAAAAUCAAGGAGCUACUGCGGACCCUCGUUCUCACGUUUGAAGAACCUACGGAGGAUGAACUUGCGGUCUUGACUGGAUUUCCGGCGACCGAGGAAGGAAAAGUUGAACUUCAGGAGUUGGUGAAGAAGUGCAGACCACUGCUGGUAGUAAAGCGAAGUGGAAAAUCGGAAAACACUAUCGGCUUCAUGGACAGAGUCGUUAAGGAUCACCUCUUGGAGAAGGAGAGUGCGAGGAAGACACUCGGCAUGUCUGGCGACGAGAACAGGUGGCAGCACGGUAUUAUUGCACUACGUUGUCUGGCGCAUAUAAAGGAAGCGUUCGAUUUCCCUGCUGUCGAGAAGCCCUUGGAUGAGACCCAAGAUGAGGAGAAUUCGGGGUCUGUGGCUGCCAACAGCGACGAUGAGGCGGAGGACGGUGAAGAAACGGAAGAAGUCGAAGACGAUAAUUCUGUUAUCGAAUCGGAGGAAGAAUCAGGCGACGAUACCGACUGGGACGAUGAUGACUCUAUUUAUAAUUAUCACAUGGAAGAUGAUGAGAAAGAGGAGGCACAAACUCUGGUUGACAGGGUUUUGCCGUAUCCUGUUAAGCACUGGCUUCACCACGCCAGCAAAGCUACCUUGGAGAUCGCUGAAGAUCUUAGUGAGGAUGAGUUCUGGCAGAAGGAGUCGCUUAUUCGUUACCGAUGGCUUCUGGUAUACAUGCACUCGACAAAGGUUCUAGCAGGUUUCGAGGCAAAACAUUUUACCGCACUUCAUAUUGCAGCCGCCGUUGGCUUCAAACAGCUUGUUUCAGCUCUCAUCCAGAACGGACACGAGGAUGAGAUCAAUAAAAGAGACGAACUCACUAACAUUCCGCUCCAUCUUGCCGCAUACAUUGGACGGCCCAAUAUUGUCGAUGAGCUUCUCAAAAGAGGCUCUAACAUCGACGAUGGCAUUGAAAUUAACGUCCAGACUCCGUUACAUAUGGCUGCGAACGCUGGCCAUGUCAAGAUCAUGAAUAAGUUGAUCCAAAAAGGAGCAAAUGCAAACGCAAUCGCAGAAGAUAUUGGCCCAGUCAUGAAUGCCGCAAUCUCUUCUGGAAACCCAGACGCUGUCAAGCUUCUCGUUGAAAAGAAUGUUUCCUUAGCAGUUGAGGACGACAACAUAGAUUCUCCUCUGGCGUUGGCCGGCCUUCACGCAGAUUCGUCCAUGUUCGAGUACCUUACGCGGACUUACGCUGACAAGUUGCCUCCCAAGGAGUUCGACAAAGCUUUUGUCAAGGCUGCUAUGUCCGGCAGGGUAGACGUGUUCAACAAGCUUUUGAGCUACCCUCACUCCCAAGAAUGUUUCCAAGAGGCUCUUGAGGCAGCAGUGGAAGAGGAGAACUGGGAUAUUGUUCUGAUUCUGUUGGCACAGCGCCAGAACCUCGAUUGCAAUAAUCUAUUCUUACAAGCGGCAACUACAGCAGAGCACCAAGACAAGGUACUAGAGGCGGUGUGGAAGUACACGAAUGGGAACAUUUCCAAAGAAACUCUCAACAACAGCCUCUAUAAAGCCACAGAUCUUGAAAAGGAGUCGACUGUCAAGCUGCUGCUGGAAACUUUUAAAGUCGACCCGAAUGCGACUGGUGAAGAGUUUGGCACAGCUCUUACGGCUGCCGCAUACGACGGGACGCUGGACAUUGUCAACUUACUUCUUGACAAGGGUGCUGAUAUUAACUCGCCCCAUGGAUGGGCCCUACAAGCAGCAGCAGCAGAGGGCCAUUACGACGUGGUCCAAGAACUGCUUGACCGCGGGGCCGACGUCAAUGCUCUAACGGAGAAUGAGAACUUCCCUCAAGGAACAGCUCUCCAGGCAGCCUGCGAAUCAGGGAAGGUGGAAAUAGUAACACUGCUUAUAGAACACAACGCCAAUCCUGACCUGGGAGCUGGCGAGGAUACCUGCCCUAUCAUGGCCGCUGCAAUGAGAGGGGAGCAGACCAUAUUGGAGCUACUUGUGAACGCCAAAGCAGAGGUUAACGUCUUUGGCGGUUGGGAUGACUCGACGGUGCUGAUCAAGGCCGUCAUCAACCUGCCAGUGGAGGCGCUCCAGGUGCUUCUUGACGCUGGUGCCGACAUCAACCUCGAAGAUCAAGAAGGCGACACUCCAUUAAUCGUGGCGGCUCGUGAGGGCGAUGCAGAUUGUGUCCGGUUUCUGUUGGACCACGGGGCCGACAUUUUCCACACCAAUCAUGACAACGAAAACGCGCUUCAAUCGGCAAUGCAGUAUGGCGACGAUGAUGAUUGCACGGGUGUUCUCAUUGAGCGCAUCUCAGAGAUCAUGGCUGCGCUUAAGAAAGCUAUGCAGAAUGGCAACUCAGAAGUCACCAAGGUUGUUCGUAGCGUCGGUACCGGACAUCAGGGUCUGACCUACGAUGAUGAUGAGGACCACGAUGACAAGGUUUCAGAGAUAUCUGACGAUGGAGGUGAGUUGAAGAGCGGCGACAGCCCACCGCGGGCCGAGUCGUUCCUCCAAAACACCGAAAAUAUCAAGGCAACUUCACCACCACGCCUGGCAACGUCUCCAGUCAAGCAGCAUGACGAGAAAUUCUCAGAGGAGCUCGAGGCCGCUAUCGCUGCUCAGGUAUCAAUGCUUCAGAAGUACGAACCGCCACCUCCUAGGCCCGAGAAGGUACCUGAAAACCCCCCUGCCGAAAUGCCUCCGACCACUAUUGCGGAGCUGCCGUCUCAGAGAAGAUACUCUCAACAGAUACAAUUAGACGAUAUUCUGUCCAAGUAUGCAUUGGAUCCCCAGCCAGGACCGGAGGAAAGGUUUCAAAAACACCCUCACGCCCAGUCGCCGGCGGUGCAGUGGACGCAACAGGGUGAAGGUUUCGUAACCGAAGCGCUGAUAUCGCCUGGCCAAGGUCCCAUCAAACGCAAGCCAGCACCGGUUGCUUUCGGCGCAUUGUAUGCCCAGAAUCCUUCGCCUACGCCGUCUAACGUUUCCGGAAGUCAGUACCAGCCGCCCAAACAAAGUCCCGAGGUAAAACCUGGCUUCGAUCCGCGCUCUUCAUAUCGUAAUUCAGCUUCUUACCCAGGAGCCCCGGCUUAUCAGGGUGGAGGCUCUGGUUUUCCAUCUCACAUAGAGCAGAACAAGGUGCCGGAAGACCUCGAUUUGGCCCCUCCGUCGGCUCCGUACACUACUGCGUUCAACCCAUCGUCAUACCGCCCAAGCCCGGGAAACACACCACCUCAACAUGCGCAACCGUUCCCUGACCUGCCGCAGCAGAUACCCGGUGGGUGGCAAGGUAACUUGCCUCAGUCGCUGAGCCGCCCUCAACCACCACAGCACAAGCGGUCUUCGCUGAGUAACGGCAGUGUAUCACCGCCACAAUUUCAGGAGCAGCAGGAAUGGGAGUCUAGGCCCGACAUGAAAUCUCACCGUACGUCAUUCAUGGGCAUGAAGAAUACGAUCGAUAAAGCGAGACAAUUCAGCACUGGCAUUAUAAACCGUAAAUCGUCUGGGUUGUGA